GUGGAAGGGGAACAGCAUUCCUCCAGUGAGAGGGUAAUAUUUUUGUUACCAUCAGCAAGUGCUUCCCAAGCGGCAUCGGGCUGGUCUGCCACCGCUUUGCGCUGUUUUAAUCUCUUGGGGUCUCCUUGAAGUGUUCCAGUCAUGGCUUCCAAAGUCAUACCUUGGUAUAAGAAGAAGCAUGCGAGCCAAGUCAAAAUUGAUUAUGCUUAUCAUCACACUACACAUACUGUGAAACAGCAGUCAGAAAGGAAAUCAAGCUCUAAAUCGGUGAGCCAGGUGCAGGCCCAGGCCACAGAGGCUAUGGCGGAACCAGCCUAUACCGUACCGGUGUUCAGGCAGAGGAGUGCUGAGGAGACUGAGGAAUACCAGAGAGUGACCACAAAUGUCGGGAAAGGACUGGCUGUUAUUCAGGAGGAGCUCCACAGGAUGAGGAUAGCCACUAAGGCUCAGGUGGAGAGUCUUGAGAUCCAGAGACAGGUGAAGGACAUGAUGAACAAGAGGGUGGAUUUGUUGGAGGAAAUCCCCAGGAUGCCGGACUUUCUGGUGGCCCUGAGGCCCCACACCGUGUGGGAGAAGACUCCAGUCAAACUGUUCUGCACUGUGCAGGGAAACCCAAGGCCCAUCGUCAAAUGGUAUAAAGGAGGCGUGCCAGUCGACCCACUGAGCGCCCCAGGAAAGUACAAGAUCGAAAGCAAGUAUGGAGUCCACAGUUUGAUCAUAAGCAGGUGUAUGGUGAGUGAUACUGCUGAGUACAGUGCUGUGGCCACCAACCAGCACGGUACAACUACCAGCAAGGCCAAAGUUACCGUGAAGAGACCAUCAGGAGCCGGGGAGUCCUGCCAGCUCGGCCUAGUCCCCCAUCUGACUGAGAUCCACGCCAGUAAGCUGGAGGUCACCCUGCUCGAUCGGUUCCCAGUCAGCUUCGGUGUGGAAGGCAGCUCCAUCAGCCUGGUGUGCACCAUGGUGGUCGUCCCUGACCUGCCCAACGUGCCACCCCUCGCCCAGUGGUACAGAGAUGAUAAACUGCUGAAACCAAGUAAGCUGGUGGAGAUGGCGGUGGGUGGAGGCGCAGCACGUCUGACGCUGCCCCACCUGGCCAAGGACGACGAGGGCCUCUACACCCUCCGCAUCUUCACAAAGGACGGCACCGCCGAGCACAGCGCCUACCUGUUUGUCUCAGAUGCCGCUCCCUCUGCAGCUGGGGCCCCUGGCGCACCAAUGAGCGUGAAGGCGUACGACAUCAACUCGGACUACGUCCUGGUUGCCUGGAAACCCCCCAACACCGUCAACGAGGCGCCAAUCACUGGAUACUUUGUGGACCGGUGCGAGGCCGGGCGCGACACCUGGGUCCAGUGCAAUGACGCCCCAGUGAAGGUUUGUAAAUACCCGGUCCACGGCCUGAGUCUGGGCCACUCCUACCACUUCCGGGUCAGGGCCGUGAACAGCGCCGGCAUCAGCAGGCCGUCCCGCAAGUCAGACAAAGUGACCGCACUCGAUGCUGCUGAGAGCGAGAGGCUGCAAGUGAUUAAAAUCAAAGGAAAAUACGACAUAGUGAUCAAGGAUGAUGAACUGGAAGGCUACGUAACUAUCCCGGGGGAGCCCACCGAUGUGCAUGCAUCGGAGAUUUUCAAAUCGUACGUCGUGCUGAGCUGGAAGCCUCCCAGCCCCCGCGGACGGGCCCCGCUGUGGUACGUCAUCGAGAAGUGCUUAGCAGGCACUGGAGCGUGGCAGCGGAUCAACACAGCAGUCAAACUGCACUCCCCUCGUUACCCGGUUUUUGAUUUGCAAGACGGGCAAAAGUACCAGUUCCGAGUGUAUUCGGUCAACAUGUACGGCUCCAGCGAGGCCUCCGCGCCCUCCGAGCCCAUCCAGAAGGUUGAUGAGGAUGGCGCCCCCUCUGCUCCUGGUCAGGUUAUUGCCACCAGGAACACCAAGUCAUCUGUGUUCGUGCAGUGGGAGCCUCCCAAACAUUUGAAAAACCUCAUGGGAUAUUAUAUCGACGGCCGCGUGGUCGGAUCCAAGGAGUGGUUCCCGUGUAACCACAAACCCUUCAGACACAGCAGGUUUGUGGUCCACGGCCUGAUCCCAGGAGAGAGCUACGUGUUCCGCGUCCAAGCCGUCAACGUGUUCGGCCUCAGUGAAGAGUCUCAGGAGUCCUCUCCCAUCGCGGUGGAGCCGGCCCUCGCGACGCCCAGUGCCCCCUUUGGCAUCACCAUGCUGAGCUGUGACGGCUCCUCCAUCACUUUGGCCUGGAAGAGUCCCAAACACUGCGGCGGCUCCAAGGUCAACGCUUACUACAUCGACAAGCGUGACGCCGACACCCUGGUCUGGAAGGAGUUCAACCUGACGCCCGUCACAGAGAGAGUCUGCACUGUUGACAAUCUGACAGAGGGAACCUUUUACGAGUUCAGGGUCCAGGCCGGUAACCUGGCUGGUGUCGGCGUCCCGUCAGCUCCCAGUGCCCCGAUGAAAUGUGAAGCUUGGACCAUGGAAGAGCCAGGCCCAGCCUAUGACCUGAGCUUCAGUGAGGUCAGAGGUCGCUCCCUGGUCAUCCUGUGGAAGGCUCCCGUCUACACUGGAGCCAGCGCUAUCACCGGAUACUUUGUGGACAUGGCCAAGAAGGGCUCGUCAGAGUUUGUCACUCUGAAUCAGGAAGCUGUUAGCCACCGCUACCUGCAGGUGACUGGUCUGGAGGAAGGCGAGACCUACGUGUUCAAAGUUCGUGCUGCCAAUGCAAACGGCGUCGGAAAACCCUCUCAGCUGUCUGAGCCGGUCUGUGCCAAGGCUUUGCCAGGCACCCAAGAGAUUGUGGCCGGUGUGGACGAGGAAACCGGAGACAUCUUCCUGUCUCUUGAGGCCUGUGAGAUCUGCGAGACGUCCAAGUUUGUGUGGUCGAAGAACUACAAACCCAUCGGCGACUGCCCCAGGGUCGCCGUCACAGCAAAGGGCCGAACCUCCAGAUUGACUUUCACCAACCCUGAUAAGGACGAUCUGGGCAGAUACUCCGUGGUCGUCACCGACACAGAUGGAGUCUCUUCCAGCCACACCCUGACUGAGGACGCCCUGAACACCAUGCUGGAGCUUAGCUAUGCCAUCAGACACCCAGUCGUUCCUCUGAAACACGGCCUGGACUACGAGAUUUUGGAGAAGGGUCACGUGCGUUUCUGGCUGCAGGCCGUCAAACUGUCGCCCUCAGUGUCCUACAGGUUCAUUGUUAACGACAAGGAGGUCACCAGCGGGGAGGGUCAGAAGAUCAGCCACGACGUAGCCACAGGAAUCAUCCAGAUGACUGUGGAUCAUUUCACCAGAAACAACGAGGGCACGUACACCGUCCAGAUCCACGACGGCAAGGCCAAAACCCAGAGCUCCCUGGUGCUGGUGGGAGAUGUGUUCAAGGCUGCUCUGAAGGAGGCCGAGUUUCAGAGGAAGGAGCACAUCAGGAAGCAAGGUCCACAUUUCUCUGAGUAUCUGUAUUUCACUGUCACUGAGGAGUGUACUGUUCUGCUCGCCUGCAAGGUGGCCAACGUGAAGAAGGAGACAACUUUCCACUGGUACAAAGAGGAGGAUGAGAUUGUUCCAGAAACUCCCCCCAACGUCAUGUCAGGAGCCUGUGCUCUCCCCAUCCCUCUGUUCUCCAGAAAAGAUCAGGGCGUUUACAAGGCGGUGCUCAGCGACGACCGAGGAAAGGACACGUCCGUGUUUGACAUUUCAGGCCAAGUGUUUGAGGACAUCAUCAAUGCCAUCGCCCAUGUUGCCGGUGCUUCUGCCUCUGACCUGGUGCUGCAGUGUACCCCAGAGGGCAUCAGGCUGCAGUGUUAUAUGAACUACUACACCGAGGAGAUGAAGACCGUGUGGAAACACAAGGAGAGUAAGAUCGCCUCCUCUGAGAAGAUGAGGAUCGGCGGCACGGCGGAGAUGGCCUGGAUGCAGAUCUGCGACCCGUCCGACAAGGAGAAGGGUCACUACGCCAUCGAGAUCUCGGACGGCGUGCAGACUCACACCAGGACCUUUGACCUCUCUGGACAAGCGUACACCGAUGCCUAUGAGGAGUACCUAAGACUUAAGGCAGCUGCAUUCGCUGAGAAGAACCGUGGCAGAGUGGUCGGCGGUCUGCCUGACGUGGUCACUAUCAUGGAGCAGAAGUCCCUGAGCCUGACCUGCACCGUGUGGGGCGAGCCGACCCCUGAGGUCACCUGGUUCAAGAACGAGCAGGAAGUCACCUCCACCGAGCACACCAAGGUCACGUUUGACGGCGGCAAGUUCGCCAGCCUCGUCAUCAACCAAGUCACUCCCGAAGACUCUGGCAAGUACAGCAUCAACGUACGGAACAAGUACGGCGGCGAGUUCGUGGAGAUCACUGUCAGCGUGUACAGGCACGGCGAGAAGAUCCCCGAGCCCAAACUGGGACAGCCCAAAAUGGCCACGCCUGCAGCCACACCUGCAGCCACGCCCGCUGCCACGCCUGUGCCGCCCAGGUCCCCAGCUCCACCCUCCAAAACCCCAACCCCCACACCUUCCAAGGCCCAGACCCCAGCGCCGUCCAUGAAGAGCCCAACUCCAGCAUCCACCCCCGCCUCCACCCCGGUCCCCAAGUCUCCAACCCCAACCCCGAAAUCCCCGACCCCAACUCCACCUCGCAGCGUCAAGUCACCAACCCCACCCAGAUUCAUGAAGUCUCCGACCCCACCGAGGAAGUAAACGCCGGUGGUGGUGUCUGAGGGGGAAACAGUUAAUGUUAGCAACGCUUAUUCUUAGCAUGAGUGUGAAACCAUUUUAAGAAGUAUUUAUUUAGAUGUAGUCACUGUUAAAAGUCCUGCUUUGUGCACUGCUGCACACUCUGGACUGCGACUUUCAAACAACAGGCUGCUAACUGGUCCCUGCUGGUUUUUUGUGUUACUUUUCGAAAACCAGUAACACAACAGACACGGGACAAACCCACAGGAGAGGGGCUUUUACAGUGAAGACUAACAUAGAUGUCCUCUUCAGUUACUUCCUGUCAUUAAACUGGUCACUGUGCUUUGACACAAAGGCCAGCGUAGAUGUUAAUGUUCAGUGUUUUAAAAGCUGCACCUUCCGCUGUGUAACGUCAGUGGAAUGACUGGAUUCAUUUUUUUGUGGAUGUUAAAGGGGAACUCUGGUUCAUUAUAACUUGGGUCUUAUUCAUGUAGUUUUGGCCAAAGUGAUAAACUUCAUCAGAUAUUUAUCUGAGAUCUGGAAACGCAGUGACUUUGCUAAAAAGAAGUCUGACGGGCAGACGGACGGUUUUUAACAAACGUCCAUGUUUGACAAACGUACGUGGAAGAGAAAGCAAAGGUGAGCAGGAGAAUUAUUCCAAAAUGUCGGCUGUAAACAUCCAUCACUGUUCACAGUAAGAAUUCGUGCUUCGGCUUUGCACACGUGUACACGCAAAAGUUUUCCUGUGAAAUGAGGGAUGAUCAGCCCACUUUGAGUUUGACCCCCAGAUGAAGUGGUUUGGAUAAUCUGACCAACAUGUUGUCUCGUUUACAACCUGCCUGAUCGUGUUUCUCCCCCCGGCUGACUUUUCUCAGCGGUUAACUUGGUGAGUUCAGUGUUUUCAGUGUUGGUGAAAAUGGAAUAAGGCCAAAGUUAUAACAAACCAGAAUCAGAGUCGGUCAGUGUCACUUCCUGCUCUGGUCUGUGCCAGAGAGGUCUGUCUGUCUGUCUAUGACAUGUUGUGUUUCCCCCCCAAAGCUUUGUGAUGGCAAUAAACUUUACUUAUCAACCUCA